AUGAACUCACACAAUGAUGAAAACCAAAUGUUAUUAGAUGAGUUACUAAACCAGAAUGGGAACAAACAGAUGGGUGCUGGGAACUCGAUGGCUAAUUUUUUGGAUUUUUAUGACGAUAUACAACAUUCUAGCAGUGUAACGAAAGCGAGAGAAUCUCAACAACAACAGCAGCAACAGGCACAAAUGAAUACUAGGGACUCUGAUGUCUCUUUAUCUACACAGAAUACAUUUGUUUACCCUGGAAGCAAUCCUGCCAUGCAACAUGAGAAAAUGGCAUAUAUGAACCAAAACAACAACAACAAUAAUAACCCACACGAAUAUCAAUCUUUAACUAGAGAUAUGUACGGAGGGGCAUUUUCUCAUAAGAAUAAUGAUGAAGUUGAGGUGACAAAUGCUUCAUUUUUAGAUGAUAUGUUUACUACAUCCGCGCACGCAUCACAACAACAACAGCAGCAACAACAACAUCAUCAGCCACAACACCAAUUUAAUAAUAUGGAAGCUGAUGAUGGAACCGAUAUGAGCCGCCAAGGUUCCAUAGCUGUAUCGAUAUCAAAUAAUUCAUAUGCUCAAUCUUUUACUGAUGAACAUAUGCCACAUGAUCUGUUUACAACUAAUCCAGAGGAUCAAAUGAUAAAUUUCGCAGAUGAUUUAAGUUCAUCAUUAGGAUCUUCAAUACAUUCAGGAUUUCAUACAUCAAAUUUGGGAACUCCCACAUCAAGUAUGUUAAAUGCACAUAAUUUAGAUACAAUUAAUUCGUUGACAGCUACAAGUUAUAAUCAAAAUAAUACAUUCUCACCUAGUUCUUUAAGGUCACCAUCAUCAUCAUUCAGGCCAAAUGCAUCAUAUCUAUCAACAUCAUUAAGACAACCAAGUACGUUGUCAAAUUAUAAUGCCAACAAUUCUUCAAUAUCAAAUAAUACCAAUAACAACAAUAAUAAUAAUAUAGCAACCCCAACUUCGAGACAUCCAUCGACAUCUGGUACAGCGAAUGGGGGAGAUUCAUUACUAAGUACAUCUGUUCCAAAAUCUUUAUCACAUCUAUCACACGAGGAGAAAUUAAGACGUAAAAGAGAUUUUCAUAAUGCUGUAGAAAGAAGAAGAAGAGAUUUAAUAAAACAAAAAAUUAGUGAACUAGGAAAUUUAGUACCGCCAGCUCUGUUAUGUUUUGAUGAGAAAGGAAAACCUGUUAAACCUAACAAAGGUAUCAUAUUAAAUAAGACUGUUGAUUAUGUGAGGUUUUUAAUGGAUGUAGGAAAUGCUCAAGAUCAUAAAAAGGAUCAAUUAUUACGCAAGAUUAAUGAACUAGAAGAAAAGUUUAAUAAUAUUGAUCUGAAAGGAGCACCAACUGAAUUAUCCGAGUCUGUAGGAACUGCUAGAACCUUAACAUCCAAGAAUAAUAGUAGUCGAAACAUUCAACAUAUUGCUGAGGGAGAUGAAAGAAUCAUUGAUUCGAGAGCAUAUCCAAAUCUAAAAGCAGAUAUAAAGAGCGAAAUACACGAUGACCUGAACCAGUUUCUUUCAGGUAAUAUCUUGGAAGCACAGGAUAAUGCUCAACUUAUGUUUGGAGAUCCAAUGAAUGAUAAUAAUGGGAAUCCAGCUGACUAUUUACUAGAAUUUGAUUCCUAA